UCCUUCCCGCGCACGUCGCGUUUGUAGAAGUUGGUCAUGGUCGUCCGCCAAACGGAAAGCCGCCAUGAUGGCUUUCUGUAAAGUACGCUCAAUAUGUAAAGUUUCGUUAUUGUUUUUCAUUAAUUGUGACUGAGUGCGUGCAAAAAUUAAUCAUGGGAACGAACUAGAGCGUACAGAGUGUUGUUUAAGGUCCUUUAGGACCUCCUAGAGGAGCUAUAAAGUGUGAUAAAAGUGCAUUUUAGUGUCGACGAUAGCGUGUUUUGUUCUGUCAACAAGAUGUCGAAGCUCUCGUUUAGGGCGAGGGCCCUAGAUGCGUCGAAACCAAUGCCAAUAUAUCUCGCCGAGGAGCUUCCGGAUUUACCGGACUACUCGGCGAUUAACCGUGCAGUACCUCAAAUGCCUUCUGGUAUGGAAAAAGAGGAAGAAAGUGAACAUCACCUCCAGCGAGCAAUAUCAGGAACUGGUCUAAUAAUUCCAACGCCAGAAGUAUGUCAGGCGGACCUCGAGUUCUACGAGCGAUGUUAUCCGCCAGAUUACAAAAUGCCAAAACAACAUAUACAUAUGCAACCGCUGUGGGAGGAGCAAGAAACCCCGGAGUACGAUAUCGACUCGGAAGAUGAGCGAUGGUUGAAGCAGCAAAGGCAUCCCGAGCUGACAGAACUGAAAUUCGAGCAAAUGAUGGACAAGUUGGAAAAGAGUUCCGGUCAGACGGUGGUGACGCUCAGCGAGGCGAAGUUAUUGCUGGAGAGGCAGGACGACCUCGUCAUUGCCGUGUAUGACUAUUGGCUGAAUAAGCGGUUGACUACGCAACAUCCAUUGAUACUAUCCGUGAGGACAGAGAGUCGGCCUGGUCAAUCUGCCAACAACCCAUAUUUGGCUUUUAGAAGGCGAACAGAGAAAAUGCAGACUAGGAAAAAUAGGAAAAACGACGAAAGCUCGUACGAGAAGAUGUUGAAGUUGCGCAGAGAGCUCGCCACGGCCCUAAGUCUCCUCGAAAUGGUCGCCCGUAGGGAGAAAGUGAAGAGGGAAAUGGUCAAACUGACGGCCCUGUUGGCGGACAAACGCUACGAGGCCAAGGACUUUACCAAUCAACUGCCGGAACCGGUAGUCAGGCCACAGUUAACAACCGUGCCCUUGGCGAGUUUGCGUCGUGAAUUCGCUUAUCCACCCAGACCACCCUCAACUACUACUUCACUGGACACCCACCACAGUAGACAGCGCGAAAAACGUCCGUACAAGAGACGGAAACACAGACACCACACGCCCGGUACCGUGCAAGGAGUGCGAGCAGAGUGUACAUCUUCGGAGGAAGAAAGUGUUUCGCCAAUUGAUGAUGGACCGUUCUCAUUCCGAAGGAAGCCUGGAUGUUAUUAUGAAAUGCCAACUUCAACUUUGUCCGGCGAUCCAGUGGAGUCGACGACUAGUCCGUCGAAACAAGGGAUGUUUGAACACGAAAUGGACGAACGGACGAGGUUUACACUAACAUCUGUUCGCAAUCCAUACCCACAUUAUAUUGGAUUCGCUCGGCGUCGCCUGGGUAGAGGCGGACGUGUCAUCUUGGACCGGGUCAAAACUGAGCUCGAUUCGCUAUGGUCAAAAUUGCCCAUACCUGAAAAGGAAAACCAGGAGGACUUGGAAAAUCAAAGACUUCGAACACCAAAAGCAAUCACCAGAGACUACCAUUCCGGUGGUAAGCAUCCUUGGAGACACGCCUUUAGGCGACAUCUCACCAGAAACCCACAUCUCUGGAUCGAUGAGAACGUCAAGAGUGACGUCAAAAUGGAUAUCGACGACAUUAAAUUUGACUUCAAAAUGGAGGUCGAUGACGUCACGGAAUCGGGCGAUUCUAAACUGGACGUGGACAGUCCCAGAAUUGGUAUUACGGGUAUUGAGGGUACCGAGGGCUUCGAAAGUGAAAGUGCCAAAGUGGGAACUGUUAGUGACGUGAAUCGGACCAUAGACAGUGCAGUGCGUGGUAAUCUCAAGCGUGUGAUGAGGAAGCGCGUCUGGAGUUCGAGUACGGAUUAUGACUCAGAUGAGAGUUUGAAACCAGUGGAGAGGGAAUUUGAGAGUUUCAUCACUGAGGUUCAUGACAAGUGGCUACACUUCCGACCAAAGACACCAUCACCAUCACCACCACCAACGGAGGAAGUGACCCCACUUAGCCGAGACGCUCCAAUUUCCGUCGAACUCAGUACGGGCCUCGAUACAUUCACAACAGAGUUCAGAUUGAAGGACCUGUAUGACCUGAAGGACUUGGACGGCACAGAGGAUAUCGAGAACUUCACCGGUUUUACGGAGGCUCAAGUUGAGAGCAUCUUGUCUGAGACCGAUCUCAAAGCGUUGGCAGAUAAGAAGUUGUCCGAUGACCUGCUCGAGGAGCUGGUCAAGGAUGUCAGCAAGGAUUCUUUUUUAUUACAAGGCCAGAGCGUCCCCGGGCGUACCGUCUCUGGCCCGCGGCGUCGCGAGCCUUUCGGCUCCACGAGUGUGCGCGUGUGCGCGGUUAGCGAACCCCUACACCUGCCCACCCCCGCACCGACCCCCGAACCCCCGAUCCCCGCCCCGCCCACGCCCCACGCCACUAAGCCCCAGCCCGCGCAGGAGGCGGUCCCUACUUCGAAGAUUAUCGUAGAGGAGGUUAACGAGGUCAACCAACCAACCAAAGUGGAGAAACGCGAGAUCAAAGAGGACAUCCCGACCGUACAAUUGAAGGCAGUGCACAAGAAGCAUAUUAUUACAUCGCGGAGACCCGACGUCACCAUUGUGACUUCAGACGCCCACUCGCAGCUGGUCACAGUGGCAGUCUCUGACAGCUUGAAGGUCCGUCUCGGAAAUCAAGCUACAACGAGCCAAGGUACGGUGGUUGGCUUACUUCAAAACGGGCCGUUCGCUGUUACGUUGCCAGUUCAUUCAAGGGACAUUGGUGCAACAACGACCAUCACGUCCGGGAGCAUACCCACCGUGGCCAACAUGUCCAACAUGACCAAUCUCAGCAUGGCCAACAUGCAGACUAUGGCCAAUGUCUCCAUCCCGACAAUAUCCAACCCCCGCCGACCGACCCCCCUAGUCCAAAUAGCCCACAAACCCAUAAACCCAACGGUGGUGGUCUCACCUCAACAGGGGAAGUUGAAGGUCCUCCACGCUCACCCCAUCUCGAACACCCAGCGCGCCCAGCUCUUGGCCCAGAAUCGGCAGCUGUUGCCGACCGUUGUGUCAUUGGCGACGAUCGACUCGAAGCCGACACUGCUGAAGGCGCCGGUGACGCAGUUCUUCGAAAUCAAGUCUGGACAAUUGUCGAAGCCGCAUUUGGUCAGUCUUCAGGGGAAGAGAUUGGACUUUGAUAAGAAGAGACAGGUCGUCUUCGAUGGAACAUUAAAAGGCAAUAUCAGACCGCGUUUCAGUCUGGACGGUCGUCAGAUUGUACGGGCAACUUUGCCGGUGAGGAAUGUCCGCCAUCAGAUACAAUUGAAGAACCGAGUUGUGUCGACCAUACGGCAACCCGAGCCGUCUACCAGCGUGACGAACAUACAAGCGAACAUACCAGUGAUGAAAAAUGUCUUGCCCAAAGUGAAGAAUGUCAUACCGAAUAAGCUGGACAGACCCACAGGCCAGAUGAACAAUGUCAUGCCGAAGGUGGACCGGCCGACAGGACAAAUGAACAAUGUUAUGCCAAAGGUGGACCGGCAGCCGGGGCAGAUUAAUAAUAUCAUAGCUAAAGGGCAGAAGAUUGCGAUAUCCGGUGGGCAGUUGUCGGCAAAUGUUCAAGCAAUCGCCUUUACGACUGCUCAAUUGAAAGCUAGGCAGGGACGCCUGAUCACACAGCCCAGAGCUACAACUGUUGCCGAAAUCGAACCGACGACCUCCGCAUCUACCUCCAACGCCAACGUGGCUGAGACUCCGAACGAAGGUGAAACCAACGGCUCCGUGCGACGGCGCACCACAGAUAACCUACCGAUGGAGGUCACGUGACAAACGAACGCCGUAAAGGAUAUUAGUGCUAGUGACUGUGUUAAGUGUGUCAAGUGUCAAAGUGAUGGCAAAAGUGUUCUGUGCCCUAGUUGCGCCGGUCAUAGAGUUAGUGAACCUAUGGGUGAGUCGAUCCAUUGUGACCCGGAUAAGGGCAAAAGUCAUUCUGACACAAGUAAAUGUAAAACUGAUUGUGACCCAAACAAUGCCAAAAGUCAUGAGGUUAAUAAAUGUGACCAAAAUCAGAGCAAAAGUCAUUGUGAGGCAAUUAAUUUGGAUUCAAAUAAAGCCACCAAACAGAAAUCAGCCGCUCGUGACCAAAACAAUGACCAAAGUCAAACAAGUCGGGGCGAACCUCGUCGUGGUGUUUGUUAUAAAAACCUUGAUAAUUUAAACUUCACAGUAACGGUAGACACAAAAAAGACAAAUAAUGAUGAAGCUUUAGAUGGUGAUAAAAAAACGGAUGAUCCUUACAGCAUGUUAUUUUUUUAAACACUUUUAAUUGGUACACAAAUCAUUAAUAUAGCAUUAAUAAAAUACGUAAUAUUGGGAACUAGUCUUCGCUUAUUAUGGAAAGAGAAUAAAUAACGGUAACUUAUUGGGAGAGUUUAGGUAUAUUCAUGUUUAUGAAAUUAAUAUAAUCUUUAAUAUUUCAUGACGACUUUAAAAAUAUAUUCACCAACAUCUAAUGGCAAUAUUUAGUGUGAUGAGACAAAAUAUAUGCUAAGACACCCCACAUUAUCACACAUUUUAGAACAAUUCCUGAAUUUUAAGAGAAAAAGUCCCAUCGCUAGGGCAUAUCACCCUGUAUAUAGGGCAAUCCUUAUAUACGUUAGGGGGAUUUCCCUAACUUAAAUAAUAAUUAUGGGGAUACAUAUUAAGAAAUAUUUGAAUAAACCAUUCUAUGUGUAGAAACGGCAUGCUUGGACUUGAUAUAUUUUGAUGGAUUCCUGCAUAUAGUUAGUAGGAUUAUUCCCGCAUUUAUGGGAUGUAUAUAAGGGAGAUUCCUUGUUAGGGAUUUCUUUGCCCCAGCGUUAAUAAUUUAAGUGGCUGUGACAAGUAGAUUUAAUUCACAAAUGCCAGCCUCAAUGUGGAUUAUAACUUACCCAAGGUUAUGGUGAGGUUCAAUGUAAAAUGUUUGCUGAAGAAGGUGGUUUUAUGGUUAAGAUGUAUGUUCGAAAAAUGUGGGUAGAUUUGAAAAAUGGUAGUUUCGAUAUUUUAAAAUGAUGAUUGCGAAUAAAAUUUUAAGCUACCCUCCAUAGAAAUUGCAUAAAAUAGAUAUACAGACAGCUUAAAACUAAAUGUUAUGCAGAUAAAAAAUUUGAAACUAUCCUCAAUAGACUACCCUCAUUUUCUAUAGUUAUAAUCCAUAAGUUUUAGUAUGUUUAUUACUUGUAAAUAUUAAGCUUUUUAGCUCUGUUAGGUAAAAUUCAGGAAGUUUUCACAAAUUUUAUAAUUUUAAAUUUUAAAAACUUUAUCGUUUUUUAUCAAACAACUUUUAUAUUCGACUGGUUGCAAAUACCAACAGUUAAAAAUACGCCUCGUACGGACUUGUACACUGAGGUAUACAGCAUUUGUUGCUAUGUUUAUAAACUUGACGAAAAAAAUAUUUUCAGUUUCUUAAAGGUAAAAUAAAAUCGCUUCUAAGUGUUCUAUAUUACUAAUAUAGUAAUAGUAUGUCCUAAGGCGAUGUUUUAAUCUUAAAUUUAAAGGUAUUUUUCAUGGCUGGCAUUGUGUAAAUUUUUCUUAGCGUGGAGUGUAUAUAUGUAAAUAAACUGGCAGGCCCAGUGUAUGCAUGCCCUGUCCAAAAUAUUAAUUCGUAUAUGCUUACGGCCAGAGCGCGGACUAUAUUCGUUGCCAUGGUAACUGUGACUCGUGGUAAUAUAUAGUCUGCGCCAAGGGGCCUAGUGAAUAGCUUUUAUCCCUGAUGUUGUAGUUUAAACUGUAAUGUUUUAAUCCUGGCUAUGUUCAAACUGACUGGAGUUAUGUUAUAAACUAUAAUAAAAAUUAAAUUACAUUUGGUUUUUUCUCUAGUAGUUAUGAAUUGUAAUAAUUGUCGGUAAUCAAGGAAAUAUUAUCUCAAGAGUUGAAGUUAGAACUCGAAAAGUGUAAUUUCUUGAUUCUGAGAAUCCUGUUUUUAAUAAUGAUAUUAGACUAGAUUUUAGAUCUGAAAUGGACUUCAGGCCACAGGGUCUACCCACAUAUGCAAAAAAAAGUUAUUAUAUAGUGUUUUAUUUUAUUAUAUUUAUUUGAAUUAAAAUAAUUUGUGUGUACCCGCAAAAUCACAAAGGUCAGUUUGAAUGGUCUUCAAUUCUGUUAUUAUGACGAUAAAGUGAGAAUUGAGAAGGUAUUUUUAGACACAUUUUAACAAGUUAUUUUCAAAGGUACAGGUGGUUUCAAAAUCUCGGCUUAGCUGAAGAUUUAAAUGUAAUUUUCAAUGAAUGAUUCGGAUGGACAGCUGUCAGUUAGACGUUUCAAUGGAUUACAAAUACUGGACAGCCGGUACACAAUAGGAAUAGCGAUAUCAACCAACAAUUUUAGUUUUUCUGCUCGAGAAUAUUCAUUUUAUGCCAAAAACAUAUAUCUAACGAAAGCAUACGACAAAGCCUUCUGGCAUUGUCUAUAUAUCACUUAACAUCAGAUGAGCUACUUACCUACUGUUCAAUAAAAAAGCAGCCUAAUAAAUGUAUAUUAUUGAAAUGUUUCCGAAGCAAUUCGACUUGAGAGUCCUUCAAAGAGCGGGCGAUUUGUUAAGGCCGGCAACGCACUUUCGAGCCCUCUGGUAUUUUGAGUGCCCAUUGGCGGUAGGUAUUUGCGAACCUAUUGUACUUUGGGUCCUUCAAAGGGCGUACCAAUUCUUAAACUUGCACUUGCCUUCUGGUAUUGUCCACAUAUCACUUAAGAUCAGGUGAGCCUCUUGCCCGUUUGGCUCCUGUAAUAAAACUGAUGUAAAGCCAAGUGCGAGCACGAACAUUUAUAAUGAUUAAAGAUAAUCAAGAAGAUAUGAGAAGAAAUAAAUUAUUAAAAGAUAGCCUGGACCUCAUCAUCUUUAAGGAAUACAUCUAUUCUUAAUUUACCAAAACUAAUAAUAGAAAUCGCUAUUGCUACAAGCUGUAUUGGUCCUUGCGACAAGAUUUAUCAUCUGUAUACGAUUCAUGUGUUUUGGGACGUCAUCAAGGGAAAUUGAAGUUGAAGUACCCUCAGUGUAAAAUUGUUGGGGGUACUCAGUUAUGAAUGAUUAUUAAAAAAAAACUAGAAAAUUGUAAUAUUAAGGGUACAUAUUUUUCAGUAGGGUGACGUCCUAUACUUUACGUCGAAUUAAUUAAAAUUCGAAUCUUAUACUUUUAAAGAAAUUGUCUUUAGUGUGUAAUUAAUGUAUAGUGGUAAUGUAAAAUUAAAGAUGGCGUUUGUGGUGUAGCAGGAAUAUCUGUUGUAAGAGAAUUACGAUAAAUGUCUACGAAUUGUCGAUUCACGAUAUCGUUUACAAAAACCUGGUUCAGGGGUUUCGUCGUAAUCUCUGGGAUUGAGGAGCCGCCAUUUUAAUUUGACACUAUCACGCCGAUAGGCUAUCGGUGUAUAACAAAAAAAACGCGACAAGUCGCGCCAAAAAAAAAUGUUUAACUUAGUAAUUGUACAAAGGCCGCAAAUUUGGGAAAAAAUGUAAAAAAGGCCCCUUUUUGGGGCUACACAUACGCUUAGUAAUAUAGGAUGUACGGUAGUAGCUCGCACUAUAUGAAGCCAGCUUGUAAAUAAUUCAUGUUCGGAGUGUAAAUUGAUUGUAUAGUCAUUCACAAUUUCAAUGUAGAUUUUGUUGAUUCUUGUCAACUGGAAAUUGCUGAAUUAAACGAACGAUUCUGUUUCA